UUUUUUACGUUUGACAAAACCUUCGAUUGAUCUCAUUCCAUAUUCAAUAAGGAACGAAAACCCAAACAUUCCAGCGGUGAAACCUUGCUAUUUUAUGAGAAGCUACAUGCCUGAAUAUCCUCGAUAUGACAUGAAAUAACAGAUACUGAUGUAAACAAACGCACAGAUAAUAUAAAUUGUUAAUUACAAACAGUCCCGCUUUGCUAAUGAUCUCUUUAAAUUUAUGAUCACCUGUUCAGCCUCCAUAAUCUGGUAUUAACAUCCAGGUGAAAGUACUGUUUUUAUUUAACAGACAAAAUGGAAAUAUUUAGUGCCAUCUCAGAUUUUGUUUCACCUGAUACAGAUGGUUCACAGAAUAUACUGUCGUUUAAGAAAGGUGACAAAUUUGAAAUAUUUGAUGUUAACAAAACCAGUGCUGAAUGGUGGGGAGCAAGAGCUGUUUCUGACAACACAGUUGGAUAUGUUCCAUCAAAAUAUAUGAAGUUUGAAGAAAGGAAGAUAGGAAAGUUGAUCUCAGAAGAUAUAAAGAGCCAAAGAGAAGAAUCCAUACAGAGAUUUUCUGAGAUGCAGAAUACAUCACCAGACCCACAGACACCGGUACCAGACUACGAGGAGGGAACUGUAGACAGUCAAGAAUCUUACGAAAAAUAUUUUGCAUUCGCCAAAAAUUUUGGCACUGUUAUCAACAACAUAAAACUGAUAGAUGACCAGUAUGAUAUACCUGAGCCAGAACCAGAUUAUAAUGAUGAUGGAGUAGACACAGGAGUAGGGAAUGGGGAACCAGUCAUCAUCAGAGCUAGAGGCCCAUCAGAGUCAGAAAAACGUUUAUCUGAUCCAGACAUUGAAAAUAAUGAACUGAUAAAACCAAGAAAACUUUCAAAUCCAUGUGUGGAUUCUAGGGAACGAAUGGCAUUACACAAAGAAUUACUACGGAAUUAUAAAAUUGGUAAAAAUGUUCUAGAAAAACCUGAACUAGAUAAAGUUUUGAACCAAAGAAAAGAAAAACAAAGAAGAGAAGAGUGGGAUGCACAAAUGAAAGCUUCACAGAAAAGAUCAAGUUUUGAAUAUAAAUUAGAACAACAAGCUUCACGAUUAAAGGAGCAAGAAGAUCUUACAAUGAAACCUAUUAAAGAAGAAGGUAAUCAAACUGAACUAUCAAAAAUCCAGGCAAAAAUUUUAGCCAAGACAGCUAACGGUCAAGUGAAGUGAAUGGUCAAGUGAAGAGACAUCAAUCUCAAGUUUUAUCUUUUUGUGGAAAUUGGCCAGUGUUAUAAUUAGCAAACUCAAGAUUCUAAGAAACUGGUUUUCUUUUCUUGCAAAUCUAGAUGAAGUUGGAUAUUUUAGAUGAUUAUGUAUGAAAGUAAAGAAUGUAACAUGUAUUUUAUCAUCUUGAAUGUUUAUUUUAAUGUAUUAACUUUCCAUGUUAACCUUUAUUGAGCAUAUGACAGACAUGUUUUAAUUCAAGUUGAAAGUUUUACUUGAAACUUUAUUGAAAUCACUGCUCUGCUGACAUUGGAUUGACUUUUAAAAAUAUUACCGUUUUAAAAACCUUUUUAAUCUCAACUUUUUAACAUUUUGUGCACACAAAAAAUGCAUUCCAAGUUAUGUAUGGACCACAAUGUGAAUUCCAUUUUAAUAAGUUCAUUGUCAGAAAUCCAAUGAUAAACUGGAAAUUAAUUGAAAUGGAAUUUCAAACAUUUUGUGUACCUCAGUUUCCAAAUUAAUUGAUAAUAAUACUCAGUGCAAAAAGUUCACUUGUCAUGAGUUCUUACAAAUAAGUAUGAAAUGCAACAUGUAUAUUUAAUGUGUAGAAAGUCUGUAAACCGUAUUUAAUUUAAUGUUUAAAAGCACUGUAGUAAGGAAAAGGGUACACAUAAAUUGGAAGGAAUUCUAACAAGGGAGAUAAUGUGUUCUUUGAAUAGUGCUAGAAAUAUAAUCAAAUUUCAAAUUGUUGGCCUGUUAUAACAAAAACUUUCAUUAGGAUUUGAACCCUGUAAAAUUUAUUUAUGAAAUAAUUAUCACCAAAUGUAGGGGUUGAAAGGAAAAGAGCACACAACCAUCCAGAUCUCAGGUGUAUUAUGUAAAAAUGCCUUUUAUCUCAUAGCUUUAAAUCUAAUUUGAUAACCACAAAAGUAAAUUGAAGGGCAUCUCAAUAUUUGUAAACCAAACAGCAUUUAAUUUGAUGUAAGGAAUUGAUACGAUUAUCAUGUGCUUAUUUUUAGAACAAUAUCAUUGUAAAAUUGAAAGCAAUUUCAGUCUUUAAUACUUGCACUGCUGUUUCAUAUUUCUCACUUUUCAAUUUUAUCAUCUCUUAUAUUUUAUUUAGAAAGAACAAACCCUAUUUAAAAAAAAAAAGGGAAUCACUGUUGUCAAUUCCUAUGAUUAUUUGACCUCAAAAGUCGUUUCAGUUUCUAGAUAUGUGUACUAAGUUACAUUUUAUAAGAUUAAAUAUGCCUUUGCAUGGACAUUUGUAAAUUAACGAAUAUAAAGUCAGUGUAGUAAAUUUUGUGCUUCAGAAAUAACAUAAUGGUGCUAUACUGGUAAAUGCUAUCAUUGUCUCAGGGCUUAAUAUUGCCAUGUUUCAGGGCUUAGUAUUACCAUGUUUCCCUCCAUUGGUGUUGUCAUGGUGAUGUUUUUUGUGUCAAUGUUUUAUCAGUAACUAUGGCAACCAUCAACUCAAGUUAGGUAUAAGACAUUAACAGGACUUUCUAAAAACAUGUUGCCAUGGUAAUCAUUAAACAAUCUGUUUUCACACUUCAAAGUGGAAGCUUUUUCAGUGCUUGUUGUUAUUGUUGCAUUUGAGAAAUUAACAGAAAGAACAGAUCCUCCAUGACAUAAUAUUGUGUUCUUUUCGUGUUCCAUUCCACUCAUGGGUCUUCUGCAUCUUCAUGUUAUUUGCAGCUUAUUUAAUGGAGAUUUUUAAGUUUUAAGAGUUUUGAUUGUUUUUGAAUGUAAUAAAAUCCUUUGUGAUGUGGCCAUGCUAAAAAAAAUGUCUUCUAUCACCUCAUGCAUUUUAUUUGGAAAAAGGCCUAAAUUCAUACUUUUGUGUAUAGUCUAUUGUCUUGUAUACAUCCAUUAUUAUUGUUUUAUAUGUAAAGUGUGCAUGCAUGUCUUUAUGAGUGAAAAAGUUUUCAUAGAUGUAAGUCAGUUUCUGCGUCCAUAGAUAUCUAUUUUCAUACUAAGCCUAACAACGACCCAGCAUGUUAAUACCAUAUUUAUAAAUCAAUGUUGCUUCUAAAUUGUUUAAAUAUGUGUUCCAUGUAUAGUUUUAAAAGUU